CUUUUACAUUAUAGUUUUGUUAUUGUGUAGUUAAGUGUUAAGUGUAAAUUUGUAUACAAAAUUAUUCUAAUAGAUAAAAAGGCAAGAGAUAGACAGAUCGCGUUUUAAUUGAUUACCUUCUAUACGAUUUGUUUACCUAAAAUCAAGUAUUAAUUUAUUACAAUUGUGCCUUUUUAUGAUGGUGUCAGUCAUUCUUCUCAAUUCAAAAAUAAAAAAAUUAUCUUAUUUAAUUUUGAUCAAUCUUAUGUAAAUGAUGAACGUGCAAUCUACAAAAUAAUACAGAUUGUGGUAUAAAAAAUGUAUAAAUUAUUUUCAAUGACAUAAAAUGAUUUAGAUCAUAUUUCUAGAACUAAAUGAUUGCUAAUAAACAUUAUAGAGCAAUGCUAAUAAACAUUAUAGGUAAUACUUCAGACUUAAAUGCAUUAAAUAACAUAAAUUCACUCAGUAUAAUUCAUUGUUAAAUCGUUUGUAAAGUUGUAGUGGUGUCGUUGAAUCAAAAAAAUUAAUUAAUAUGUGUAAAUGACAUUCAAGGUAGAUUACCUCAAAAUUUAAAUAUUUUUAUAUUGGCACUUUUAAUUAAGAUGAACAAUUUUAUUUAAAAUCAGGAUAUAUUUCAUCUUCAUAUCAAAGAAACCUAUAUAUACAUACACUAAAUUAUAUAGAGGAUCAUCGUCUAGUUAAAACAAUAAAUUAAAAAUAUUAUUUUUAAUAUAUUUUAAGUAAAAGAAGAAGAGAAGAAAAACGGCGCCACUUUAAUAUCAUUAAAGCAAAAAUUAAAGGAUUAAUAUAUAUACAGACAAAAAUAGUACAUCAGAUUAUAAUUUAUUUUUAUUUAAACUAAUUUAUAACUAUAACAUAUUUAUAUAUAUGACGUGAUUUCAAUAGAAAAAUUUUAAUAGUGCACUAUGUACAGGACGAUACUAGUCAUACUUUUAGGAUUUUUAACAGUUAAUUUAAAUAGAGCCAGUGUACAAGUACCGCAACCCGAUGAUGAUGAUAUACCGUUACGUGGUGCUGAUAAUGAAAAAUUAGAUCAAAUAAAAUUACCAAAAGAUCAAGUCGCAUUAGUUCGUUUACCAUCAAAUACAUUAUUAAAAUAUACAGCAUAUAAGGAUGUUUCAAUAUUACAUUUUAGAAUACCACCAGAUACUAGAACAGCAUUAUUUACAUUUAAAGCAUAUGAGGAAUCCAAGAGUGCCUUUCAGAGAGUAUGCCAGCCACGUGACGUAACAUUACACUUAAAAGCGGGUAGUUAUCCUGUGAUAAGUCCUGAAAAUAUAACAUUCCCUAGAAAUUUUUUAAGUGCCGAUCAAAGAUUUAAAAUUUACAAUUUGCAAUUUGAAUCCAAUGGUAGACAACAACGUUUAUCCGUAGAUGGACCACAAGCUGGUAACUGGUUUGCAGUUGCUUUUAUUAGUUGGACAGAUCCAAAUAACGAGAGAAUCGAACAGCAAGGUUUAGCGGCAUCAUGUGAAACUUUGUUACUAUCUGAAAUGUCAGUGUCUCGAAUAUUACCAACAAUAUUGCAAAGUGGACAAAUUUAUAAUAACACAUUAACAAAUUCCAACACAGUAGUAACAUCGGCAACAAAUAACAGCAACAGUAAUAAUAUUGGAAAUAUAACAAGUUCAAAUAGAAAUAAAAACACUGAAAGAACAAAUUCUAAUAACAUAAAUUCAAAUAAUACAAAAGAUUCAAAUUCAGAUGAUACAACAGGGACAAAAAAUACAACAUCAACAGCUGCUACAAAAGAUUCUGAAAUAAAUAGCUAUAAAUUUUAUGUACCACGUAAUGUUGGUAUUGUAACAGCACGUUUAAUAAUUGAUUCAAUAUGCUUAAAAUGUCCAGAUUUGGGAUUUUAUGUACAAGCAAAUGCACUACCAAGCGAUACAAAUUUUAUUCAUAAUGCAAUAAUAAAACCAAAUCAAACUGGUGAAAUUUCAUUUGAAUUUUAUGUACAAUCUGGUACAUGGCAUUUUAUUGAUAUAAAAUUUUUAAAACAUAAAAUUGAAACAAAACCAAUUUCUACAUCUUCAAUAACAACAGUAUCAUCAUCAUUAUCAUCAUCAUCGUCAACAUUAUCACCAUCAACAUUGUCUGUAACAGCUCCGAUAGAACAUGCUAGUCUAAAACAUAAUCAUUUUGAUACUAGCAAUAAUAAUGAUAAUGGUAAUAGUGUUAAUUUUAAUUUUAAUAAAACAUCUAUCAAUGAAAACAAGCCUAAUACGGGUUGGAAAAAUACUGAAAACAUAAAACACUAUAACACUAUAUCAAGUAGAACAGUCCAAGGAAUUGCACGUAAUAUACAAAAUUUAAAUGAUACCUUAAAUAAUAUGUCUGACAAUCCUGUAUCGUAUGAGAUUAACUACUCAAUUCAACUAAAUUUUCAUAUUGAAAAUGAAUCUCAAAAUGAUGUAAAUAAUAAAAAUAAUACCCAAAAUCAUAAAACUAAUCCUAAUAAAUUACCUGGAAAAUCAAUAAAAUUUAGAAAUAUUGAAUUUUAUCCUCUGCUACGUCAAACAUAUCGUGAAUUCUUUAUGUUUGAUUAUGAUUUAAUUCCAGAUGAAAAUGGUACAGUACCUACUGUGUUAAAUUUAACAGCAGGGAGCCCAGUUGGUUUUCGAUUUGAAGUAGGCGAUGUUUACGAUAUUGGAGGAACAUUAAGUUUUGGUUUAUCAAUGAAACGUCUUGAGAGCGGGAAUAAAUCGAAUGAAGAAGAUAAUAAUAAAAGUAACGGCAACACAAAUGAUGACAUCAAAAACGGUAUAUUAGCUCAGAAACUAGUUGAUAGAUCAUUAAAUAAUGGAGAAAUCAAUAAUGAAGAUAUUGAAUUAUACCCUGAAGGUAGUCAAACAGAAAAUAAUAAUGCUGAUGACAAAUCACAAUCAUUAUCAUCGACUCCAAGAAGCAAUCAAACAAUCAUUAUUUGUAUGAGAUUAGGUGAACCUGGUGAACCAAAAUGGCCUGACAAAUGUCGUUAUGGUGGAAAAUCAUUGCCUGCUUCUGGUAUUAUCAACAACACCGAUGCAGAAACAAGUACUGGUCUAAUACAUGUACCAUUCCCAGAAAGUGGUCAGUGGUAUAUAACAGUAGGUUUAUUUUGUCAUGGUGCUGAAACUACCGCACGCGUAACAAUAAUCGAUAGUGUUAAAGAAUUUGUAAAGAAAUAUUCAAAAAUGUUAGAUAAUAUGAAAUUACCAUGUUCAUGUGCUCAUUUCAUUGAAUAUUAUAAAAAAUGUAUUGAUGAUAGAAAAUGCUUUCAACAAAUGAAUGAAACCGAAACUCUUAAAAUUAAAGAAUGUCUCAUGGAUUCAAAAUGUACUGAUGAUUAUAUUGAAAUGACAAAAAAAUUUGAAAUACAUCAUAAAUUUGCAACCGAACAAAGUGUUGCUACAGAUAGUUCGUGUAAUACUUCACUCGUAUUUACAAUAUCAUCUAGCCCAUGUGUUGCUGGACGUUGUGGUAGAUAUGGACGUUGUUAUCAUUAUAUGUCUGGCGGUUUUGUAUUUUCAACAUGUCUUUGUAUUAAAGGAUAUCGUGGAUGGGAUUGUACUGAAGAUUCACAAGUACCAUCAUCAAUAUCAAUAUUAAUUGCAUCAUUACUAUUAACAUUAAGUAAUUUAUUAUUUAUACCAAGUAUAUAUUUUGCAGUUAAACGUAAAUAUUAUACUGAAUCUGUGAUAUAUUUUUUUGCAAUGUUCUUUUCAAUAUUCUAUCAUGCAUGCGAUUCAGGUGAAGAUGAAUAUAGUUUUUGUUUAGUUAAAAUAAAUGUUUUACAAUUUUGUGAUUUCUAUUGUGGCCUAUUAGCAAUAUGGGUAACAUUAAUUGCAAUGGCACAUAUAAGACAACAAUUUGUAUCACUAUUACAUAUGAUUGGUGCAAUUGUUUUAGCAUUCGGUACCGAAUUAAAUAAACAAAGUUUAUGGGUAUUUUUAGCGCCAGCAUUAACUGGACUUUGUUUAAUAUCGGUUAGUUGGGGUAUGAGAUGUCGUAAAACACGUAAAUGGUUUCCAUCACGUAAAUAUUUAACAAUAUAUAUGCCAAUUGGGGCUGUAUUAGUUAUGAUCGGUUUAGUUUGUUAUGCAUUCCUACAAACAAAACAAAAUUAUCAUAUUGUACAUUCAGUAUGGCAUAUGGUAAUGGCAUUAAGUUUAUUAUGUCUAUUACCAAGUCGUAAUUCAUUUUUACCAAAAUGCUAGCAUUCAUUGGCAUCAUGUACAAGAGAAUUUUUAUUAAUGGAACAAGAAUUCUAUAUGUGAAAUUUUAUUUCUUUUUUUACAUAUAUCUUAUUUUUUAUAUAUAUAUACAUAUAUAUAAUAUGCACAUAUAUAAUUGAAGAUAAUUAAUAAAUAAUACUCGUAAUUAGUGAAAAAGAAAACCAAAAAAACAAAAAACCAAGUAAAAAUAAAAAAAAAA